AAGGGGUCUUAGGUUUCGUCAAGUAAGAUGGUGACUGUCAGCUUGAGAUGGAUGCAGAUGGCUUUACCGUCGUUAGCAAAAAGAAAGCCGCCAGAAGAAGAUCAGCAAAACCACCGGCAGAUUAUAUUAACACAAGUGAAGAAAAUGUUGAGGACUGUCUAAGAAAAAUAAUUCAAGCAAGAGAAGACGUGGAAGCAAGUGAUGGAUUCGCCACUUUCCAAAAGAAUUUAAAUGAGAUAAAGAGCUCCCUGCAGAGAUGGAAAGAAGAUGCUUGCAGAAUUUCUUCCAUUGUCUGCUACGGCUUAGGUCAGAUUUCCUCUAGUAGGAUUGCCAGGUACCAAACAGGGCUGCUCAUGUCGAUUCAAGAGUUCUUUGACGUUGGUGUUGAGGUGUUUGACCCUGCGUUCUCAUCACUGGAUGAGAGGGUGUUAGAUUUCCUGAAUUUUACUGUUGUUAAAGAAAAUGAAGAAGGAAAGAAGCGUGUUUCGACAUCGACCUUGUUUUACAUGCCUCAUUGUGGAAAAGAAUUAUACAAUAACCUCUUGUGGGCAAACUGGAAUGCAGAAUCACUUCCCAUGUGUGUAAUUAUUGGCAAUAGUUUCAGCACCAUUGUCCAAAAUGUACCAUCAAGAAUAUUAAAACAGUAUUAUAAUUUUAUUGAAAGAGCAGAAAUGCUUUAUGAAGAAUAUCCUUUGAAGUCAUUAGUGGAACAUGAUGAUGUGUUCAAUGAUAUCAGUAUUCAUAUCAUGAAACAAGAAAUUGCGUUAAGUGAAAGAGAAGAACUUUUUGAAGAAUGUAGUGAACCAGAUUAUGCAGGCUGUGAAGCUGAGAUUGUGAGAACAUGAAGACUUAGAGAGACUUUUAAGAAUUA